CGUCAGUUUCGCAGAGACGACGAGCGGCUAAUUAAUAUAGUAAUCAUGCACUCUCGAGACGUCUUCUACCCCGGCCCCUGCCACGGGUUCCUCAUCCCGCCACUGCAAUGUGAGGAUUGUUACUGCGGCACACGUCUCACAACCGUGGCUUUGGGUAACGUCAAGCUGCAUCGACCUGCUGCUUGAACAUGUUCGAGAACGACAAUAUCAACAAAGAAGAAUUGGUAGAGGCACACGAGGCUUUGAGCUCUACUGGUAGCCGAAAGAAGCGAAGACGAGAGGAUGCGAAUUUCCAAUGCCCUCAAUGCCACCGAGUCUUCGGCCGGAUCGAGCACUUGAGGCGUCAUGCUAAUAGCCAUGGUGAGGUUCGCUCUUUUAAAUGUGCAGCCUGCAAUAAAGGAUUUAAUCGACUGGAUACACUUCAACGACAUGAGUUGAUACACCAAAAAGAUCCUGGUGUGUCGAAGCUCAAAGGAGCGCGAGCCUGCAAAGAGUGCGCAAGUAGUAAGGUCAGGUGUAAUGGUACCUUGCCUUGUGAAAGAUGCACUUCAAAGAGCACCGAUUGCGUAUAUCCAAGUGCUUCUAGCCCUUCACAAGUCCAGGACUCUCCCUCCGCGCAUUCCGACUUUGGAUCAACCCCUGGAGCGUCGGACAACGCUUCUUCUUCAGUCCUCGAGUCUGCUGCAUUUCCUCGGCAGCUGGAACAAUCUCUACCGCACGUUGUCCAAGGUGGUCAUUUCACAGAGCAGAAUGUCGGCACACUUGCAGAUACUUGGGGCUUCAGCACGCAUUCAGAGAUGGCACCCCAAGCUACCCAUCAUGUUGAAGGAUCGCUCCCAACAUACAUCCACUCAAUAUCGUUGCAAGAAGCUCGCGCGCAACAACCUGCCAUGUCGCCAUUCGAAGGAUCAUAUUCUGGAACAGAAGCCUCUUUCGAUAUACCGUAUACCUCCCCAUUUCCAAGGGAUCGCCACGCGAGUCUGGAUCAAUUGACACGAAGACCUCGGCUUACGCCCAAUUUGAGAUCCAAAACUGCUAUCAUGGGCUCAAACAGUCCCAGUUCUAACCUUGUGCUUGUCAGCCACCAGGAAGAGUUCAUUGACCGAUCUGAGCUCCGUGGGUCUUUCCAUCGGUCAUUCACACCGACGACUAGCUAUCUAAGUCGCAGAAGACGAUUCAAUUUCCCACUUUCCGGUGAUGUGUUGCCGGCUUUUCAAGACGAUGAUUAUGCCAGCUUUAACAUGCUUUCGGAGCAAACAUAUACCGCCAUCUACAAGUCGUUCACAACUGUCUGUACAGGCUUGACCGCAUAUCAACCGCCAUAUGGUUCAAGUUGCUUUCCGUCACGCAAAACGUUGAACGCUUUUGUAAAGCUUUAUCUAGAACGAUUCCACCCGGUGAUGCCUAUACUGCAUCACCCGACACUGAAUCUCGACACAUCUCAUUGGAUACUCAGCUUGGCCAUUGUAACGAUUGGAAGCCAUAUGUCGACAUUUGAACAGACCGAAGAAUACUGCCUAUGCUUUGACGAGCUUCUGCGCAGAUCAAUCUCAGCUUUGGAUCCUCAUGAGACAAUUGAUCGCAUCACGCUGUGCCAGGCGAAGCUGCUAGCGUGUAUCAAUCAGAUCUAUAGUGGAGAGGAGAGCUGGCAAGAAUCUGCUUAUAGCGAGUUUCUGACGGACUUGGUUGCGUUCUGUCAGCUUGAGUGGAAGAUGUCAGAGGCAGGUUUUACGACCUACGCCCCCGAGGGCCAAGAAGCCGAAUUCUGGAAACGAUGGGUCCAGCUUGAGUCUUGUCGGCGGACUGGUUAUGCGAUUUGGAUGCUCGAUACAAUGUGGGCUUAUCAGUUUCAAGUACAGCCGAGACUCACUUUAGAAGAUGGAAGGAUGCCCGUGCCAUGCCAAGAGGUGCUCUGGGAAGCGAAAACAGCAUUGAACUGGCAUCACAUCUUUCAGUUUUCACCUUCGAAUAUCACUCUCUUGUCUUCCUUGCACUCGCUGCAGCACGAAAAGUCUUUACAGAGUACAAUGGGCGAAUUUAGCCGCAUAGUGUUGCUUCACGGCCUGUAUCGCCAGUGUUGGGAUAUGGAGAAGGCCGAAAUACACUCCCGGCUACGACUCCACCAGAUUUCUGCAUACAAUCUUUGGAGGGACUCAAUCUGCGAGUCGUUGGACAUCCUACAGUGGAGUGCUAACAACGUGAUCCACGCAGCAUCUGGUAUUGAGCAUCCUACUGUACUACACCUACACCUGGCAAGGAUCGUGCUGUUCGCGCCCAUUCAAACAAUUUGCGAUCUGGCUUAUGGAAUGACCAAGGAAGACACCAGCGUCAACGUGGCGCAAAUGGCAAGUUUGCGCACUGCGAUACGCAGAUGGGUCGUCGAGGAUGAGAGCAAAGCUCGACUUGCAGUCUUGCAUGCUGGAGCACUGCUGCGACACUUGCAUGCUUUCCACACAAACGGCUUCUACGAGCCGUCAGCAGUCUUACUCGCGACGUUGACACUAUGGACAUAUGGAGCAUUCACAACGAACGUGAUAAGUACAAGGUCAUCGACACAACGCCGAUUCUCAGACACACAAGUGCACCCGAUCAGUAUCGCACUGGACCAACCGCUCGAGGCUGAUCUAGCACGGUCUUUCGUAAAAGAUGGCAGGGACAUGAUGCCUACUCUCCGAGCAGUAGGGAGUAUCCGUGGUGCUGGCGGUCCAGAGCGAGUACUCUUGGAAGGAUCAAGACUGGUGUCAGAGAUAGGCAGAUGGGGUAGCGGUCGAAAAGUGAUGCGCAUCUUAAACAAUCUAUCACUGUGCCGGAGCAUAUAGGCUACGGUAGCUUGUGGGAAGCCAUGUCUUUGCUACAUUACAAAAGCAGCUUUCGAAACUCGAAUUCAUUCACAAUCUGUCCCCGGU